AUGCAGGAGUUCUAUCGUCUCCGUUCCAGUCUUAGAGCUAAACAGGAGCAUGCUUCGCUUCUUGAGGAUUUUAGGGAGUUUGAUCGGUCAAGGAUAGACUUGGAAGAUGGUGUUGGAUCCACGGAGCAACAAUUACUUCUCAAAGAGCAUGCAGCCAUUAGCCGAAAUACAGGGCAGAUGGAUACUGUGAUAUCACAAGCUCAGUCAACACUUGGGGCACUUAUGCUUCAACGUUCAACAUUUGGGGGCAUCAAUUCAAAGCUUAGCAAUGUUAGCAGCCGCCUGCCCACGGUAAAUCAUAUUCUUUCAGCAAUAAAGAGGAAAAAGUCCAUGGACACAAUCAUACUUUCCCUUGUUGCAUCAGUGUGCACGUUUCUCAUUUUUAUCUACUGGUUGAGCAAGUAAGGAUGUUAUUUUGUAUUACUUUUGGGUGCUUGUGUCUUAAUCGCCUUCAUCCUUACCUCAGGGUUGUCGGGUGGGUUUAGGCUAUCUGCAAGGGUUCUACAUUGUACAAUGUGAUACAGAAUAUAUCUAGUGAUCGUUAAUUUACAAAUAUAUGUGCACAAAGAUCCUAUAUCAUUCAUGAUAAAUGACAUAUCAUUGUUUUUGUACCUAGCAGUCUCAGGUUAAUCUGGAACACGAAAUAAAAUGUGGUGGAAAAUUUUCA